AAAUAUACUUAAUAUGGUUUCCUCUAUACCAUAACUAAAUAUCGAAUAUAAUCCAAAUAUUGAGCAUUUUGGAUAGUAAAGUUGAGUGUUUAAAUAAAAAAAACAUACAUUUCAUAUAAUGGGGGCCAAGGCUACAAAGUUAGACGGAACAUACUUACCAGACACACCAACUUUAAACAAACUGCGCAUUGUCAGCAGAGAAAAGGACGUGACAGGGAUAAGCACAGGUGAAAUGGAGCCUAAAGAUCCUCGUUCACCCAGCGGCUGCCGCACUCCACUUAAUUUUUUGCUGCCACCACAGCAACCGCAGCCUGUCGCUCUUGUUGGUCGGAGUGAGACUGCAUUUUCGCAGCUGCGUAAACGCUUGCUUAAAGGAUUUGCUUUGAAUGAUCCGCGAUCGCCGCAACUAAAUCGCACACCGCUCGUUUUUGAUGAAGCCAUUGAUCGUACGCUAAAUAUGGAUGAUACGUUUGCCGAUCUCUUUGUGGAUACGCGAGCACCCAGCGCCUCAAGCUCCAACUCCAACAUGAUUUCAGCUAAUGGUGAAGCAAAGAACGAAGUGGAGAUGGAACUGCGCAAUUUGUCAACUAGCAGUGAAGUUUUUUCCACGCCUUUAUCACAUAACAACAGCUCAUUAGAGAUCGCGUCCAUGACCUGCGAUGAGGAUGCAGCAGAGGAAGCUGCUGAGCGGGCUCCACAGCCCCAACUACCUCCACAACAGAUAUACGAUCCACGUUCACCCAGCAUUGGGGUUGAUCGCACACCUAUUAUCUUCUGCGAUGAUGGCGAGGAUGAGGAGGAGCGCGAAGCUAAAAUGCUGGAGCAAGUACUUGAGACUUUGACUUUAAAUCUGAGUAAUGAGAGCAGCAUGGCUUCUUUCGUGAGCGCGGCCGCUGAGCUCACUUUAGAUGAGCCUCAACCCCAGCAAAGGCCCGCCAAUAAACAUUUGGAGCGAGUGCGUUUGGGUAACAAGCAACGGGUGCCACCACGAAAGCCAGCACGCGCGAGCAAAUCGCAGACCCCCCAACGCAUCUAUGUGGAUUCCGAAGCAGCUACGAGCACGCCUAAAAGCAUUACCAACAAUGCUACGGGCUCUGGCAAACGCACGCCACUCAGUUGCGUAAAAAAUCGUCCGCACCUGCGCUCUCGGUCCGUGGAGAAGGAUAUGCGGAAAACGCGUCUUCCGCUCCAAAGCUUCGAUGAUCAAUUAAAUCCGAGCGAGUGUCUAAACGUACCAAGUCUUCGCAUUCUAAUGGCCAAUUGCGAAGACAGCCUGAAUGGAUCAAUUUAUUAGCACCAAGUUGUUUUUUAUUGAACAAUAAGUUUCGCCCACCAAGCAUCGUUCACAUCAUUCACUUGUAUAUGCCCACAUCACUUUAUUUACAAAUAUGAAGUACCCAAAAAUAUUUCUAGCAAAAAUAUAAUAAGAAAUUGGGAUUAUCGAUCUUUCUCGAUAGCAUAGAAUCCCAAAGUGCACACAAUUCCCAUCGCC